CGGUGGAAGCAAGGGGCCAAGAAGACGCUGCUCCAAUGGGUCGCCAACGCCCUGCCUAAAGAAUCGAACAUCCAAGUGACAGACUUUGGUCCAUCAUGGCGCGAUGGUAUCGCUUUCCUCGCGAUCAUCGACGCCAUCAAGGCGAACCUGAUCAACUUAGCCGAGAUGAAACGGAAGACCAACCGACAGCGGCUGGAGCACGCCUUCGACGUGGCCGAGAACGAGCUCGGCAUCGCUCGACUCCUCGACGCCGAAGACGUAGAUGUUGACAAACCAGACGAGAGAUCGAUCAUGACCUACGUUGCCCAGUUCUUACACAAAUAUCCGGAACCCAAGACGACAGGACCGGACGCCGUGGCGGCGGUCCAGGAGGAG